UGACAUCUUGUCUACAAGUAUAAUACAAGAAUUAAAAAAAAUGCAUUUAGUCAUUGUUUUUACUCUCUGCAUAAUUGGCGCUGUCCUUGCAAGUCAUGGACAUGAUAACGCUCAUUACAAAUUUGAAUAUGGAGUUCAUGAUCCUCACACUCACGACCACAAAUCGCAACACGAACACAGACACGGCCAUGACGUAACUGGAGGAUAUACACUGAAAGAAGCCGAUGGAACUCACAGAGUUGUCAAAUACAAAUCUUCUCCUCACGGUGGAUUCGAAGCUGUCGUGGAAAGAGUAGGUCACGCCCAACAUCCCGCUCACUACGGUCAUGGUCAUGGUCACGGUGGUCAUGGUCAUGGUCAUGGUGGACACGGAGGAGCUACUAGCUAUGUUGGAGUUACUCACUGGGCCAACCAAGGAAGUGAAGAACAUGGUCAUGGACAUGGAUAUUACCAAAGCACGCGUCUACAAAAUGUCACAACUUUUAAAUCAAACCAAAUAGGGGGACUAUAUAUAAACCGUGACAUGUCAAGAAAUAGUAUCAGUAGCAGCAGCGUUACAAAUACAACGACAAUGAAUUCAGUUAUUUGUUUGACUCUUUUUGUUAUCGGCGUAGUACUUGCAGACCAUGGACAUGAUAACGCUCAUUACAAAUUUGAGUAUGGAGUUCAUGAUCCUCAUACCCACGACCACAAAUCACAACACGAACACAGACACGGCCAUGACGUAACUGGAGGAUACACAUUAAAAGAAGCCGAUGGAACCCACAGAGUUGUCAAAUAUAAAUCUUCUCCUCACGGUGGAUUCGAAGCUGUCGUUGAAAGAGUAGGUCACGCCCAACAUCCCGCUCACUACGGUCAUGGUCAUGGUCAUGGUGGUCAUGGUCAAGGUGGACACGGUGGAGCUACCAGCUAUGUGGGAGUUACUCACUGGGCCAACCAAGGAAGCGAAGGUGGACAUGGACACGGGCAUUAA